CCUCUACAUGUACAUCGUGGAAUUUGUCAGCAACAUUACUAAAAUAAAACAAAACGACGCGAUCUCGAGUAACUAAUAUAUUCGAUUUUAAAUGUAAUAUUUAUAAUAAAGAGUGAAUUUGUCUGUCUGAAUAUGUGGUAAUAGAUUAGCUAAAUCAUGGAUUUCUACGCGAGCAUAUGCCGGUUGUGUGAGGCCACUGAUAAACUGAGUGACAAAUGGUACAACCUGUUUGACACAGGGAACGAGCAAUUGCUGGUGAAGAUAGAAGCAAUUUGUCGUCUUCAAAUUUCCCAAGAGGACACGCUGCCCAAACGUAUAUGCGGCCGGUGUAACACGAACCUUGAGCAGGCAUACAACUUUAAGCUGCAGUGUGAGAUAACACAAGCUAAACUGCAGCAUGAAAUUGAGUUCCUAGAGCAGAAUAACUGGAAUACCGGCUUGACUAUGCCACCUUUUGAUUACGCUCGAUUUGUAAGAAUAAAACAAGAAGUAGCCUCCAAACAAAUCCACAACUCAGAGAACCUUUCUGAAAUAACCGUUGAUCGACCUGCGGAAUCUGUGUAUAUUAAAGCGGAACUUGAAGACCUUCGGGAAACCGAAGAUUUGCCGAUGAUACCUUCAAAUGACGACGAGAUUGAACUUUGCCCGUCAAAAGUUGAGCUGAUAGUCGAAAAUGAUAAUCAGGAUUGUGAACGUAAGGAUGCUAGCAGCUCCCUGGGUGAUUCGGAGGAAUCAGAUUCGUCGGAAAUUAUUAUCAACCGUAAACUGGAAACUGAGGAGGAAAACGUAGAGAAUUCUCGCACGAACGUAUGCGAUGUGUGUGGAGAGCAGUUUGCGAAGCCUUCGCAACUGUUUGCUCAUUCCAGAGAGGUUCAUGGGAAAAAGCGCUUCCAGUGCAAAACAUGCAUGAGAUGCUUUAACCGAAAAGGCCGGCUACAGGAUCACGAGCUGCGUCACACAGGUAUUCGUCAGUUUCAAUGUGAUCAUUGCGAUAAAACCUACAUCACUCGACAUGGGUUGAAAACACAUAUGGUAGACACUCACACUGAGAAUUUGCCGUAUGUCUGUGAUAAAUGCGGUAUAGGAUUCUCAAAGCCAACUAGGCUGCGGCAUCACUACAGUGCGCAUAUAGAGUCAAGGAAUUUUGUCUGCAACGUAUGCUCUAAAGGUUACAAAACGCAGGGUCAUCUGAAUAUGCAUAUGAAUAUUCAUUUACCGAAGGACCAGAAAAAAGUACGAAAGCGACGUAAUCGGGAGAAGGUUUGCGUUUGUCCCUUCUGUGGAAAAGUUUCUACCUCACUAGGAACUCAUACCAUGCAUAUUAGAACACAUACGGGUGACCAGCGAUACGAGUGCCACAUCUGUUCUAAGCGAUUCACUUCGUCCGGAUCACACAAAAAGCAUCUACGCGUUCAUUCAGGCGAAAAGCCGUUCGUGUGCGAGUUUUGUCAAAAAUCUUUCCGACAGAAGCAUCAUAUGACCACUCAUAUUCGAGGGGUGCACACUAACGAGAAACCGUACCAGUGCAAGUACUGCCCGAAAUCUUUUGCAACUAAAGGCAAUAUGACGUUACAUGAGCGCAGUCACGUCGCAUCGGAAGCUGAUGUGCGGGUCGUUGUGCCCACCUCGACCACCAGUAAUUCGGGAGUAGUGCGCACACAGUCAAUGGAUGACUUUCAAAAAAGUCCCACUCAUUCUUCCUCGAUGAUGACAACGUCUCCAUCGCCGAUGUUGAAUCCUGGAGUUUUGAUAAUCCCUAGUGGUGUUCAGACAGAUCUAUAUUUUCAAGACCAGUAAAAACACAGGUGUAUCUGCUACAGUCGGUUAUCACGUGUGGUGAUAACAGAACUAUUUGAUAUUGACCGGUAGUUUAAAUAAAUGAAUCAUUCGAAUAAAACACAUCCCCAUAACUUAA